UACAGGUCGACUCGAAGUUGCAAGCGCUGUCGCGAGAGGGUGUAGCGGAGCUCGACGCCGCUCGCAUCCCUCCCACUUCGAGAGCCCCCGCUCGCUUUUAUCACCUCCCCUUCGAGAGGGUUCGGAAGGAGCGCGCAUCCCGUCCUCGUCCCCCUCCGCGCCCGGUUUUCUUUUCUCUCGCUCACGCGCACAGAAACCCUCGCUGCUGCCCAAAACCCUUCCACAUCAAGCACCCCUAACCGCAGCCUCCAGCUACACCUUCCCGUCGACAAUACCCCGGAGGCCGUGACGCGGCCUGCGGAGAGAAGCGGCGACGGUGGAAGUCUUCGUUCCCACGGGCCCUUCCGCAUCGGCUGCCCCCAACUGCGGCCUCCAACGACGCCUUCCCGUCGACGACCCACGGAAGCCGAGGCGAGGCGACAACGGUGGAAGAUUUCAUCUGAGACUGGCUAGAGCGGACCUUUCCCUCGAUCCGGCGGCGGAGGACUUCUUCUGACAGUGUCUCCUUCAGGUUCCGACGACGUCUCCAGCCUCAUAUCUAGCCCUUUGCAUCUUAGGUCCACUUGAUUAUGGCAUCAGGAGAGUUGAAUUCAGCACUGCAUAUUACUACUGAUGCUCAAUGCAAUGGGAAAAGCAAGACAUCAGAAGAUCAAGCGAUAGAUAGUGAUGUACAGAUCACAUGUUUUACCGAGGAUUUGCAUGAUGUCACACUUCACUUUCAGAUCAUAAGGCUUGCAAAGCAGAUCUAUGUGUGGAUUGGGUGCAACACUGCUAGAUUUGGGCAUUUAUAUGCUGCUGCGGCUACUCCACCGAACAAUGCAGUGAGUGUUACUUCUUUGAUUGGAGGGAGUUCUGACAACACUGGAUCCGGCAUUGCUCGCCGUUUAGUACUGAAGAAUGGCCUUAAUAUAGUUCUGGCAUGCAACAUACCAAAAGACAGCCCCAUGGUUGAGGCGACUGCAGAGAGGAAACUGGUGGAGAAGCUGAGGAAUCUAGGUUACGUAAAGGCUACACCUGAAGGAUCGCGUGUUAUUUCAGCUGGAUCUUGAUUAUUAAAGUUUAUGGAAUGAAAAAAGGAAAUAUUACCAUGUUUUUUCCUGUUUCUCUGAUGAAAUUUCAGCAAUACUAAGAGGACUGUAACAGAUUGAAAUUGAGCAUCUUGAUUGCGUAACAUAGCUGAUCAUUUGGUAAAUUUGGCAGCUGAUCUUUCAAGUCUGCGCCGAUAACAGUCAUCGGCAAUCUCGCCAUCACAACCUGCUUGUGGUGAUAAUGAAAGGGACUUGACUGCUAGAAUGGAAAUAGACACUUGCCUAA